AUGGCCGGACUGAAGCUUCUCCUCCUCCUAGCCCUGGUCGCCACCACCUGUACGGCGCAAGCACCGUCCCGAGCUCCGACGGUGUCCCCCGCUGCCACGCCGGCGCCUGUCCCGUUGGCGCCGCCCACCGCCACCCCAUCUCCCUCGCCGGCUCCGCCCACCGCCGCUCCGACCCCGGCCCCCGUCGCCUCUCCCACCUCGUCGCCGCCUGCCGGAGUUCCCGCCGCCGCGCCAGGCGCCGGCGCCGCCAGUCCCGGAGCCGCGGGUCCCGGAGCUGCGGGUCCCGGAGCCGCCACACCGUCUGAACAGCCUCCGUCCGACGGAUCGAACGAUGGGUUCGUGAGUAGGGCCGCCGUUGGCGGCACCGCCUUCGCGGCGGCGAUCGUUGCGGUGGCGUUGAUUUAG